AUGUCGCGGAAACCAAGCAGGGAGCAGGAUUGCAUUUACGUGAUCCAGCAGAUCUUUGAUCUACGUUUAGGCGAAACAAAUCCCUGCAAUAAGCGUACCUCGUAUGCUCCGGAGCAACUAGAGGAUGAGCUGGGCGAAGCAUUGAUGCGGGACAGGCCUGUGAUGAGUCAAAAUUUCGUGCACACCAGUGCCACACUAUCAAUCGGUAAACGAUGGCGACUGUCUAUUCACCUCGAAAACCCUACAAUGCCUUUCGAUUACGAUACCCCUGGUCAUAUUCCCUUUAUCAACCUCGAUACUUGGCAAUCUAGAAGUCUCAACCCCUCAAACUUCCAACCAACAAAGCAACCAAUAGUGAUUAUACAGCUCGACGCCUGGUCAGAACUGUUCAUGCGCAUUCCGGUGUGGCAAAUCCCGUCUGCCGGGCCUGGCGUGGCAGCAGAUGAGGCCUUGUCUCUACAAACUGCAAAACUCAUCGUGGAGUACAUAGAUCCAGCUGCAAAUCUUGACUGCGACGACCACAGAUGUUUGAAGGUACUGCGCCUUAGGGAACACCAAAGCGCAAAGAAUGGAUGCCAUGUGGGCAUCAUGCUGUUCCGCAGCGUACAUAAGCCGCUGGACAUCUGGAGACGAGUUGGAAUCUGCGCAUGGCUUGGACUUUUCUCUGGUAACUACGGACCUCCGGUAGAUUUGUCAGGCCAACUUGCCAUUACCUCAUCACAAGAUGUGCAUGGGAAGAUGCCACUCACUCCAGCGUUCAGGGAAGUCAUUCCGAAGGUAGACGUCGUCGUAUUCGAUAGAAUGCAUAAUGCGAUUUCAUGCGAUGGUGACGCGUGGUUUCCUCUGUCUGGUUACUUCGGUUAG